UUUGUGCGCUUCAUAUGAGAACAUUGAGAACGAGGCGGCGUUUUGUUGUACGUUUGGUCUCCCGUCGACAAUAGUCAAUUUUAAAUUAUUAUUUUUAUAUAUAUUAUAUAGCAUUAAUUAUAGUGUUGUGUAUUUUUGUGCUACACAACAUUAAGUUGAUCGUCAUCGAAAAAGUGCGUAGACCCUAUUGAUCGUGUAGCUGUAUGACAACGGUAUAUUUCACGGGGACUAUGUGUUAACUUAGAGACGUGCGAGACAUCGUUGUACCAUUUUUUUUAUAUUAUUUCGUCGCAGUCGUUAUCGAAAACCGUCAAACUGUCGACUAACGCGGUUUCAGAAAUGGCGUUGAGCACAACGACCAGUCAACCAGUACAGAAUAAUGUCCAAUCAUCACCAGGAACCGGGUGGCCAAGGCGCACAGUACCAGUGAAAUCGUCUACAUGCCCGUCGCUCAACAGACACAUAAAUUUGUAUCCUCUAUCAAAUUAUAAAUUUGGUACUAAAGAACCUUUAUUUGAAAAAGACCCAUCUGUACCAGCUAGAUUUCAACGAAUGCGUGAUGAAUUUGAAAAAAUUGGCAUGCGCCGUAGUGUUGAAGGCGUUCUAAUAGUUCAUAAGCACGGGUUGCCUCAUGUUUUAUUAUUGCAAUUAGGCACAACAUUUUUUAAAUUGCCAGGUGGAGAACUUAACCCAGCAGAAGAUGAGGUUGAAGGACUUAAACGAUUACUAACUGAAACUUUAGGCAGACAAGACGGUGUUCAGCCAGAAUGGACUGUUGAAGAUACCAUUGGCAAUUGGUGGCGACCCAACUUUGAACCUCCAACUUAUCCGUAUAUACCACCACACAUAACUAAACCCAAGGAACAUAAAAGACUUUUCUUAGUUCAGCUACCUGAUAAAGUUUGCAAUGGCAACAUGAUUUGCUGGUUCAAAAAGGAUCAUCCUGGUUGAUUGUAAAACAUCACAUACAAGAAAUGUAUUUUUUUUUAUGAAAAUUGUCUAGGAAAAUUCAUAUUAGGGGUUCCUUAAGAUUAUUGUUCUAACCACUGUUGUGUAGUUUACAUCUGAUUUUAAAUCGGUUGAAACUCAAUACCAUAAAAAGGGGCUUAAAUUAAUUUUAAGAUCAUUAUAAAAAAACAUAAGCGUUUUUGAAUGGGAUUAAGUGCAUUGUAAAUGUAUUUUCUAUUAUAAUUAAUUAAACAUCUUUUCUCGGAUCUUAAAUUUUUAUUUUUUGAAAUACAGGGUGUCAGUCAUAAAUCCUUUAUCAAAUUUCAUAAAAUAUGAAUACUUUUUCAAACAUAUCUCUUUAUCUACUAUCAACUUCCAAGUUUUUUUUUUUUAUGAACAAAGUUUAAGUAACCAAUUUUAUUCCAUGUUUGAGGAACAUUGAAUAUUCUUAAAAUUUUAAGGUCUAAUGAGGUUUAUAAUAAUCUAGUAUAAUUCUUAAAUUAAACACAAUGUUGACACUCUGUAAUAAUUUUUUUUUUGUAUACAAAUGAAACUAUUGAUGGGGUGACUUUAUUUGAGUUUUGUUAACAGCUCUCUGUUUAUAGGUUGUGUAAAUUAAAAUAUUUAAGUGAUAUCUAUUUCCAUUUUCUGAAAUUUUAUUAUGAGAAUGCGAUAGACCAAUUUGUUAUUGUAUCAUAUGUAAAACAACAAAUUUACACUUUGCAUAAAAGAAAACUUUAGGGUUUAGGUUAAUAGUUGACAAAAUUAUAUACUACAUAUCUAUUUUAAGUACAAAUAUCGUUAUGUUCUAUCCCAAUAUUUUUGUUUUUUGUAACAUCUUAAUUUUAAACUAUGAUAUUUGUGUUUAAAACUUAGUUUUUUAUUUAUAUUGUGUUUUUAACUAUAAUAUAUAUAUAAAAAUUAAAAAGCUGCAACAUAUAAGAUCGCUUUAUUAUGAUAUUAAUCUAAACCCUAUAGAUUUGAUAAAACAAAACAUUAAAAUUGAUAUGAUUUACACUUAUUCUUAAACAACAAGAAUGUCAUGUCUUUUUUUGAAUGUACAGUUAUAAUAUUCAAUUUAGAAUAUUAAGAAUGCAUGUUAUUAGAUUCUGACGGAAAGCAAAACUAACAACUAUGUUUAUUGUUUACUGUGUAUCUCGUUUUGUUUUAGUAGUUAAAUUAUUAUUUUUGUUGCAAUUAUUAAACUAUUUAUAUUAUGUUCUAAUUUCCCUUUAUGAGCUAUAUGUUAAAAUGGUUAAUAAUUAAUAAAUAAAGAGUAGUGUAAUAAUUUGUAUUAAUUAUUAAAACCAAAAUUAAUAUGUAUAUUAAUUGAUAUCAGUAUAGUAAUAAUUGAUUGGGGGUUUAUUUUGUCAGUAAAUUAUUUUAAAAUAUCUAAUUAUAUGUACAAGAUUUGUAAUGUUUUAAAUAAAAUUAUUACAUUUAAGAUUAUUUAUCUAAAUAAACUAUUUUCAAUUUAAAUAUUGAGGCCAUUGAAAAUUAAAAUUGUUCUUAGAGUAUUUAAAUAAUAAAAAAAAAAAAAUAUUUAUUUAUAAACAUUUAUACUUAGCCAUUGUUGGCAUAUAUGUUUGUUAAAAAUAAUGUCAAGUGAUUAUAUAAAUAUAGUAAUUCUAUCUGCAGUUAAAAUAAUGUUGUAUUAAUUCCAAUGUUCUAAUUGUAAUCAUUUCAAAAUUUCCAUUUAAAUUUUAAAAAUACAAAUUAAGACCUAUUGUACAGUUGUCAUUCAACAUCUGAUUCUUAAAUUUUAUCAUGUACAUUUGUUCUGUACAGAUGUUUUUAAAUGAACAUUAAAAUCAAUUGUAAAACUAUAUUUAGGUGUAAUUUGUUACUCUU